GGCUCCAGGCCUCUCGGCGUCCUGACAGAAAGCCUAGAGCGGCCAUGGUGGCGAUGAGCCUCUUGCUGCGGGCUUCGGCCUCGGCCUCGGCGGCGACCCGAGCCGGCCUGGUCCUGACCCGCCGCGGGCUCGGGCCGCAGCUGCGCCUCGGCGGCUUGCUGACCCGGAGCGUUCCGGGCGCGGGCUCCGUGGCCCCAGUCCGACAUAGUGGAGGCCAUGGGAAGAAAAUGUUUGUCAUCAAAGCUUCUGAAUUUUAUGACAAGAGAUUUUUUAAGUUGUUGAGAUUUUAUUUAUUAUUGACUGGAAUUCCAGUAGCAGUUGUCAUAACAUUGGUGAACAUAUUCAUUGGCGAAGCUGAAUUAGCAGAAAUCCCAGAAGGCUACGUUCCAGAACACUGGGAGUACUACAAGCACCCCAUAAGCAGGUGGAUUGCUCGUUAUGUUUAUGAACCUCCCGAAAAGAAUUAUGAAAAAACCAUGGCACUCCUUCAGCUGGAAACUGAAAAGGCUGAUGUGAGGUUGAAAUGUCUGGAAACAGAAAAACUUAUGCGAGGAAGAGGGGAUGGACCCUGGUUUCAUUACCCAACUCUUGAUAAGGAACUUAUUGAUCGUGAUCCUAAAGCAGUCCCUGAUCAUUAAGCUAUUGAUUCUACACUUCUGAUGUAUACUCUCUUUCAGGGGGGUGUUAAAGGAAGAAAUGCAUACUGUAUUGUUGUUUUCUGAAUAAAAUAGCCGUUUCCCUUUUGGUCUUGCAGUUAGUUUUCAGUGUAGUUUGAGAGAAUUGCUUUUGUUUUUAAGGGAUGGUUUUCUUUUUUAAGAAGGUCAUGAAUAUGGCAAUUAAAAUUGGAGGAGAUCAAAGUUUGUGAACCUCCACAGGUAUUAUCGUUUGAAAGUAGAUUCUACAAUAUGCCCAGUAAAUGAAAGUUGUGGACAGGAAGUAUAACCGUAUCAAAAAUGACUUAUGUACCUGAGCAUAUAGAAUAUAGGCAUCUUGGUUCACCAUUGAUAGCUCAUCUAUUUCAGUUGGCAUUGGAAUUUUUAGCCUGGAUUAUGUAAAAGAUUAAUGCCUUAAUAAAUCAGAAAAAUGAAAAA